AUGGAUUUUGAAGCAGCCUACAUCGUUGAUUCAGUGGGGGAAACGCCGACUACAUUCAAGUCGGCGAUGGAAUCAAGCGACUCCGGCAAGUGGAAAAAAGCGUGUGACUCGGAGUUCGACUCGCUUCAGAGAAACGACACGUGGGAAAUCGUGCCUCUUCCGAAAGGUCGCAAGGCCAUCGGGUGCCGAUGGGUUUUUCGUGUAAAGGAGAAUCAAGAUGGCAAAGUUGAACGUUUCAAGGCAAGACUUGUGGCCAAAGGAUUCUCACAGAAAUUCGGAGUUGACUAUGAAGAAACUUUCGCACCGGUGGCCAAGUUCACAUCGAUUCGUGUGGUGCUCAGUAUGGCGGCCAAGUACGGCCUAAUGCUACAUCAGAUGGACGUCAAGACAGCGUUUCUUAACGGCUCCCUCAACGAAGACAUUUACAUGGACCAGCCGGACGGAUACCUGGAUGCAACACAGCCGGACUAUGUGUGCAAGCUAAAGAGAUCACUCUACGGCUUGAAGCAAUCGCCUCGCAUGUGGAACCAAACAAUCGAUGGGUUCAUGAUCAAGAUGGGAUUCAAGAAGUGCGAAUCGGACCACUGCAUCUACAUCAAGCGAGACGACCAAGACAUGAUUCUCGUGGUACUCUACGUCGAUGAUCUCAUCCUGGCCAGCAGCAACAACGAACUCCUCAAGUCAACCAAGAUGGCGCUGAGCAAACGCUUCGAAAUGACGGAUAUCGGUGAGCUCGAUUACUUUCUCGGCAUGGAGAUCAAGAACGACCGUAAGACGGGAAUGGUGACUGUGCAACAAACCAAGUUUCUCAAGUCCGUGUUAACCAAGUUCGGAAUGGAUAACAGCAAGCCAGUGAAGACGCCUCAAGAUCCCGGCCUGAAGCUAACCAAGAACAUGUGUGAACAAGAAUGCAAGCACGAAGACACCAUGUGCAACGUGCCAUAUCGAAGUGCUGUCGGAGGCAUCAUGUAUCUCAUGGUCGCCACACGUCCGGAUCUAGCUGCUGCAGUGGGAUCAUUAUCCCAGUUCUCGUCCGACCCAUGCCCGACUCACUGGCAAGCUUUGAAGCGUGUGCUGAGAUACCUGCAAGCAACGCCCAAUCAUGGUCUUGAGUUUACACGUGAAGAAGGAAGCCGUAUCUGCGGGUACACCGACGCAGACUGGGCCGGCGACAUUGAGUCAAGACGAAGUACAAGCGGCUAUGUGUUCAUGAUGAGCGGAGGAUGCAUCAGCUGGAAAAGCCAGAAACAACGGACGGUCGCGCUAUCUUCAACAGAAGCAGAAUACAUGGCGCUUUCCGAAGCAACCAAAGAAGCAGUAUGGCUCAAGGUGCUUUUGGGGGAACUUGGUGAGAUGACAAGCGACGAAGCGAUCAAGAUGUAUGAAGACAACCAAGGAUCAAUCUCUCUCGCCAAGAACCCGGAGUUCCAUAAGAGAACAAAACACAUCGACAUACGCUACCAUUUUGUGCGUGAGAAGGUGGAAUCAGGUGAAGUCGUUUUGGAGUAUUGCCCGACUCAAGAUAUGCUGGCAGACAUGAUGACCAAGCCGAUCGCCGCUGUACAAUUUGAAAACAUUCGCGAUCGACUUGGGAUCCAAGGUGCCGCAGCUAACGAGUCGAGAGGGAGUGUUGAAAAGACAGCGGCUGUGAAGAAGACACCUCGUCAAGCUGCGUCAAGUGUUGAAGCAAGUGGAAGACCAAGCUUCGCUAUACCGGUGGGUACCGGUAUGUACCAAUAA